UGAGAACUUCACUCAGGCGGGCGAGGCGACGUCCGCACGGGGCUGCGCGACAAGAACAGUCCCUGCGCGUUUUCAAACGUCCAGGCUGUUGCACGGUAAAAACCAAACCCAGCAGCCCUCUCAUUACUUCUAGGGUGAAGAACUGUGAGGUGCAGCAGAGGAAGCUGACGCCCUAAAACUGAGCCAGUGUGCAGUACAGCUAGAUGAACAAGGCCACAUCUUGAUUCAAAGGCUACUGCUGUGAAGUUUCUGACUGUGUAUGGCUAGAUCUUCUCAGAAAUACUUCUAGAAGAUUCUUAGGACCAUGCUAAGACUCAUGCUGGGUUAUAGGCUUGCAGAGACGAUCUGAUCACCUGGAAUUAGAGCUGAUCCUGAAACCGCUUCUGUUUCAAAAAUGUUGGAGGAAGAUAUGGAAGUAGCCAUCAAGAUGGUGGUCGUAGGGAAUGGGGCCGUUGGAAAGUCCAGUAUGAUUCAGCGAUAUUGCAAAGGCAUUUUUACAAAAGACUACAAGAAAACCAUUGGUGUUGACUUUUUGGAGCGACAGAUUCAAGUUAACGAUGAAGAUGUCAGGCUAAUGUUAUGGGACACCGCAGGUCAGGAGGAAUUUGAUGCAAUAACGAAGGCGUACUAUCGAGGAGCCCAGGCUUGUGUGCUUGUGUUUUCUACCACAGACAGGGAAUCUUUUGAGGCAAUUUCUAGCUGGAGAGAAAAAGUAGUAGCGGAAGUUGGAGAUUUACCAACUGUGCUUGUCCAAAACAAGAUUGAUCUGCUGGACGACUCUUGUAUCAAAAAUGAGGAAGCCGAGGCCCUGGCCAAAAGGUUGAAGCUGAGAUUCUACAGGACUUCUGUGAAGGAAGACCUCAAUGUGAACGAAGUUUUUAAAUAUUUAGCUGAGAAACAUCUACAAAAACUCAAACAACAAAUAACUGAAGAGCCAGAGCAGACACAUUCAAGUAGUAACAAAAUCGGUGUCUUCAAUACAUCCGUUGGAAGUCACUUGGGUCAGAAUUCAAGUACCCUUAACGGUGGAGACGUCAUCAAUCUUAGACCUAACAAACAAAGGACCAAGAAAACCAGAAAUCCUUUUAGCAGCUGUAGUAUACCCUAAAUUGCUUCAGGGAGAAGAGCAGAAUUGCAUUUGCAGUUCACUGAGGAACGCACCAGUGGCGUCACGACAUGUUAGAGUCUUAGCGGACGGACCUUGCACCUCGCUCUGAAAGCUGACAUUGUAAUGUUGCCCUGCAGCGCUUCUCAGAACGUAGAUGGAGACCUCUGCUGGAAAGUUACCGCCUUGUGGACUCAUUCUAGUUUUUGACUUUAGACGAAGCUUCUCCUGUUUUUGAAGAGACACAUAGGACAUGUCAAAACGGGUUUUGCUGAAUUUUAAAAUGCUGAAAACAGUUGCAAACGACUAAGUCUGUUGGUACCAGUCUCCCUCCUGCCCAAGGCAAGGCAGCAAGCAUUGCUUUCCUGGAACUCCUCGUCUAGCUUUCUGAACUGUUCAUUCCGAAUGCGUACAGAAAGUACUGAAGGGAAAACUCAGACGUCUGUCAGCCUGCACUCGUGUGUUGUCAGUGGUACUCGUGGAAUACCUGUUACGGGUUGUGGGAGUGUGCAUGCAGACACCUGGCUCCAGCAGACGAAGGUCUGUGCCCUGGGAAGGCUGUAGAUCCUAAGUAGUUUGUGCACACAACCGAUCAUACAUUGUGUAUCUUUCUGGUCUCACAAGAACUUCAAGACAUAUUUUACAAAACACACUUGGACUUAAAUGUGCCGUGUGCCAAAACAGCCCCCUAAUUUUUACAGUGCUUUAUAGAAUUUGUAUUUGUGGCAUCUUUUAAAGGCGGUGAAGGGAAUGUAAACAUCUGAAUGCCAGGGCCUCUCCCGAGUGAGAGUUCCGCAGAUCCCUCUCUGUGGCCACUGUAAGAUGGUGAGUUCGCGCUGUGACAGGGUCAGCCACGUCCCCAGGCCCACAGCAGCCGGCAGCCACCAGAAGAUCCUGGGAAGUGGGCACAUUAGCUUUUUGGCUGCUGACUGAGACUCCCCAACUCUGAACUUUGAAGAUGAAGGGAACCAUUUUUUCAGAAUGUACAAAGGUAGUCUUUGGUCCUGAGCCAGGUUAUGAAUUUUUUUGAAGCCUUGCAACUCUAAAGCAUCCUUCUGUUUACAAACCUUGUAUAGCAUUUUAAGAUGUGGCCUUUGGUUUCCAUGGCACCUUAGUGAGAGAUGUUGGCACAGGAGUGUCUGCAAAGAAACGACCCAGUGUGUAGAUGAUGGCUGUAGACUUGGGAGUUGGGACACGCCUGCCAAAGAGAUAAUUUUAUGAGUUCUUUUAAAAACUGAUUAUUUUUUAUCAGUGGUUUUGUUUAUAAAGCAUCAGUAGCUCCUUUCCACACCCUGGUUCUCACAGGACUUAAAGUAUAUAAAAGCGUUUUUUCUUGAAAAAUGUGCUAUGAUGUCAUUUUCUAUUAUUUUUACAAAAAUAUGUCCAGAAUAUAUAAAUGUUUGAUGCAUUUCCCUUGUUUUUUUUCUCCCCCCCCUUUUUAAAUUUACCGUCAUUAUACCACCCUCCUCCCGCCUGGAUUCAUGUUGAGAGCAUAGUAGAGUGUCCUUGUUGUGUAGCCAGGACUGAAAGCCUGCCUUUCACAUUGAACCCAUCUGGCGUCAUCCAUCCGCGAGUAGUAAAGAUGUUUAUUUUGUGUUUCAGUUGUUAGCGCUCCCGUUGCUGGCGGUGGGAGAAGAAUGAUGGGAGCCUGGUUCCUAACCAGGGUACCUAGGUCCCCGCUGUGAGUCAUGGUUUUUCUCUCUUCAAAUACAGUCUUCAGUUUUUGCACAAAAUGUAUUUGGUGGCAAAUAACCUUGUUAUUUUUAAUUGGCAGGCAGGGUUGAGUUGGGAGAAUUCAUGAGAGAGCACCGUAAGCUCUACUCCUGGUAGAACGUGUGGUGAAAGGUGUGUGGGGCUUGUCUGUGGCGUCACCCAGACUGAUGGUGGCUGCUGUUCCUCAGACGUGUAACAGAUUUUGUGUGCUUUAUCUUUUUUUAAUGGAAGUCUUUGUAACACUUUUGAAUUUUUACUUUGCGUUGCUGUAUUUUUAUAGACGGUCUAAAAUCAGCCACAAGUAAUAUUAAUUUAUCCAUGUAUUUAAUUCUGAAGCCUUCAGAGGUCACUUUGUCCCCUCCUAUGACUGUAAUUUCUAAGAAUUUUAUAUGAAAUUCUGGUGAAGCCCUUUGGUGACAAGAGAAAGAACCCUGUCCAUUUGUGCCCCCGUUUACUUUUUUGCAUCGUCACCAGUGUUUGGUGUCACUGUGGAAUAUGUAGCUGUGGAAUAAUUGCCAUAUCUAUGAGUCCCUCAGGUUCUUUCUUCCAGUCUCUGCCUAUGAAUUAAAUAGUACACAAAGCAGCCCGUACACGGCAGUACAAAAAACACAGGUUGAACUGUUCCUUUUUAUCCACUCAAAGUGGCAGCAUGUUUUCAAAUGCAAGCUAACACUACCAGAGAGAGAAAGUGUGGCCCUUCCCUGCAGAGUGAAGUUAGGUGGUCGCUGAUAACUCAGGAGUGUGGACCCCCACUGUACCUGCCACGGGGACUGGGGUCUUGUCAGAAGAUUUAGGAUGAGGGGCUGGCCUUAGAACCUGAUGUCUUAGACCCUGAACCUUUGGAGUGAGGCUGGGAACACCUCAGUAGAGCAUCUCAUCGAGUGGCUGCAGGAGCCCACAGGGUGAGCGCUCCCUCUGCCGCAGCCAUGCUUUGUUCACCUUAACAACAGUUACAUGAACAUCUUGUUACUCUUAAGGGUUUCACAUAUGAAACUUAAGAAAGCUAUCAUACAAAUGGAGUUAUCUGCAUACAGGUAAAUAAACCAUGGUGGGGUCUGAACUACCCAGGCACCAGGCUCCAGACGACAGAACGGUCUGGCCACAAGACUCUGCCACUGCUCCUUUCCUGUUGUCUCUUGAAAUACUAUAGUAGGAGGUUCAUAAGUGGUAUUUUCAAAUUAAGUCUUUGGAUCAAAGGAAAAACUUAACCCCUUCUAUAUUUUUGUUACUAAUAAAUAAUGCUUUUGUAAAAUUGACCGGGAAAACUACUUGUAUGCAUUCAUAUUGAGUGGUACUUAUGCCUUUGGGAUUAAUUUUAAAAUGUACUACUUGAUUACAGUUUCAACAAAGAUGAAUUCCGAUAACCAAAACAAUAAAACAUUUUGAAGCUAGAA